AUGGCGGUCCUCUCUCGGCUGUUCUCGGCGUCAGGCAAUGGAAUGGUAGCAGCGGUGUUGACAGCGACAGCAGCUCACGGUGGGGACGACGGUCUUUCCGACUCCAACAACUGUGGCAGCGCCGGUGGUGAAGGGCGGCGCCGGGUAAGCAAAAGAAGCAGUUUUUUCGGGAGAGAAAGAAACCAACGCAUCGGUAUCAUGCCGUUGUCAGUCUCCGUCGCACCAUGUCCAGGUCUUGCUCAAGUUUUUCGACUUUCAAAGCUCAAAGACACCACAAAAUCACCGUUGAACUGGCCGAUCCGGUUAAAAAUCAUGAUGGAAGCUGUAAAAGCUCUUACAUUUCUCCACAUUGAAAUCAACCCUCUGACAACUCAUCAUGGCGUGAAAAGUUCUAAUAUUCUCCUAGAUUCUGAUUGGGGCACACGCCACCCGCCACCUGGACUCGCCGUGGUCAGCCGUAAACGGUGGUUAGUGUACCGAUUUCCGAUACUAUCACAAGAAAUGGAACAAUCAGCGGAAGUGAAGAAGAAAAAAUCUUCUGUACUGACAGUAGGAGUAACCGGUAGAUUAGGUUUUGAACUUGCAAACGCUAGCCUCGAAGCAUCUCAUCCUACAUAUUGCCUCGUCAGAUCCACCAGUUUCUCCGACCCCGAAAAGUCCCGCAAACUUCAAAUUCUCAUCGAUUCCGGCGCCAUUAUCCUCGAGGGUUCAUUGCAUGAUGAAGGAAGCCUCAUCGAAGCGAUUAAGCAAGUGAAGGUUGUGAUAUGCGCAGUUAACUCGAAACAGGUCCUUGAUCAGAAGCCUCUCAUUUCCGCCAUUAAGAAAGCUGGAUGCAUUGAGAGAUUUAUCCCUUCAGAAUUCGGAUUAGAUCCUGAUAAAACUCAUAUAUCCGACAUGGAUCAAGGCUUUUAUUCAAGAAAAGCAGAAAUUCGACGACUUAUAGAAGCUCAAGGCAUUCCAUACACCUUCAUAUCGUGUAACUUUUUCAUGAGUUACUUGCUUCCUUCUCUAGUUCAACCCGGCUUGAAAGCUCCUCCCAGAGAUAAAAUCACCAUAUUUGGAAAUGGAAAUGUCAAAGGUGUGUUUAUGAAAGUAACAGACGUUGCUAAAUUCACAAUUAGUACAAUGGACGAUCCACGAACUCUAAAUAAGGUGUUAUAUUUAAGACCACAAGGGAAUAUGUACUCCAUGAAUGAACUUGCUGAGAUUUGGGAAGGGAAGAUUAGGAAGAAGCUAGAAAAGAUUUAUGUAAAGGAAGAAGAUCUUUUAAAAAAGAUUAAAGAAACUCCAUAUCCGGAUAACAUGGAAAUGGUAUUUAUUUAUGCGACAUUUGUGAAGGGGUUUCAAACGUGUUUUCAAGUGGAGGAAUGUGGAGGUGUGGAAGGGUCGGUGUUGUAUCCUAAUUUGAAGUACACUACCAUAAGUCAGUAUUUAGAUACCCUAUUAUGAUCUUGGGGGAUUUAUUUAUUAAUUUGUUGGUAGAACUGAAGUGUGUGAUAAUUAUUAACCAUAUCUAGUGUCUUUUUGAGUUUUUGUUUUUAUUAACUAUAAGUUAGUAGUCUUCGAAGUUUGAAGCCCAUGUUUGAGUGUUAUUUAUUUUUGUUUCCAUUUUUUUUUGGAAAAAUAAUACCAACUGAUGACAAAGUUUCGGGG